GACACCGUCGGAAGGCUCCUCAACCCCAUCCGAGACCAACCUUGCUCUCUUACCGAUCGGCGUCGGAGAUCAGAAGAAGCGAAUCGAGAUGUCUCAAACUCAGAUGGAAAAAUGUUGCGAAUGCAUCAUCGACAUCUUUCACAAAUACUCCAUUCAAAAGGAACACUAUGACAUGCUCUCCAAGGCCGAGUUUGCCAAGAUGCUGAAGGAACAGUUUCCAAACUUCAUUCAGGGAAGUAAGAAACCGGAAGACAUCGACCGCCUUUUCAAGGAGCUAGACCAGAAUAAGGACGGGCAGCUGUCCUUCGAGGAAACCAUGGCUUUCAUCGGCAAGUUCUUGAUCGCGUGCCAUCACAAGUUCCACCAUGGCCACUGAGGCAGCGACGGGAGGCCGAGAUUGUCACCGGAUUGCUUCUCCUCUCUAACCUAACCAUGGUUUACCCCUCCCACACAAGCCUUCUGGGCUCAGUCCUGGGGGUGGGGCCACAAUAAAGAAUUUAAUCUUCUCCAAAAAAAAAA